GUCUACUGUUCGAGUUUCCGAGGUUUACCGUAGUUUUGCUUCGGCUGUUUGUCGCGCUGGUAGCUGAGUGAUUGGGAUUGUGUGCCUGGAAUUUAUGCGUGCAAGACACUUUGAGUAUUAGUCUAGCGAACCUCAGACGGCAUUAUGUGAAGAACUUUAUCCAGUGAGAGUGGUUGCAGAAGUGUUAUCGCGAAAAAGCAAACAGCUUUUUGGAUAAAGUUUCGGAUUUAAGACCAGCGCACAAAAUAGUUUUUUGAAAGCCAAGAUGGUCACCGGUCAUAAGUUGACCCUGACAAUAAAAGGUGGGUCGCCUUGGGGCUUCCGGUUGCAAGGCGGAGGGAAUUUCCCGCUCGAGGUCGCAAAGAUUCGGAAGAACAGCCAUUCAAGCCAGGCCGGACUCCAGGAAGGUGACGUCAUCCUUGCUAUAAAUAGGUAUCCAAUGAACGGACGGAGUCACCAGUCCGCCAUGGAUGUCGUUGAAAUGGCCACUGACACACUGGUGUUUGAAGUGUCAAGGACCGGACGCGGAGCCUCCGUGCCGCUGGAUCCGCAGCGCCAUCCACGGAUCAUCCCCAUGGUUUCAGGUCCUCAGAACGAGGCUCCGGGCAUCGUCACCUCCGCACACGCCGACUACUCCACAACUUCCGGUGACACGCGGACGGACUAUCACACUGACGAGUAUGUUCUAAAGACGGACGAUGGAAGGAGAAUCACUAAGACGGUCACACAACGCACAACGCGCCGCUUUUCCGGAUCUAGCGGUCCCUCACCGGCGGCAAGUCACUCGAGUCUGGUUUCAAAUGAUUACGGGAGUUUAGACAGGCGGUCCCGUCCGACGAUGUGGACGCCGCCGUCGCAGCGGUCGGGGGGCUCAAAUCUUCAAAAAUCGCAAAGUUUGCUCGACGUCCAUUUUGGUCACCGGCUGUCUACACCGCUGUCAGGUCACUCCCGGAGUUUCUCUCAGUCCCCAGCGCGACCGAGGUUGAGGUCGGGCUCUGUGGAGACGAGCACCCGUGUCAAUAAAGAGAACCGCGAUCCAUUAAUUGCCAAGGAGCAGGCAAAAUGGGAGGCGACACAUACACAGGAAGUCACACCGUCAUAUAAAUUAACCAACAUUGGAGUUAAUAGGUACGUCCCUCCGAAAGUAAACGAUCCGAAAUACCCGAUGUUUGAUGUUCCAAAAGUGAGCAAAGCAAUUUGGACCCCGCCUAAAAUAAACGAGCCGGAACAAGAUAUUUUUAAAAGCAAAAAGCGGGGCCCGCCAGUGCCGCCUAAACCCGUUUCCCCCGCACCGUCUCCUAUUCCGUUUCACCCCGCAGAGCGGAUACUGGCCGGCGUCGAGUUUCACCAUCCGGGCAUGAUCCGACCUCCGCCACAGCCGCAGACACUUCCGGCUCCACCACCGCCACCGAUGCCUGUCGCUCCCCUUGCGGCGACGCCCAAAUUCAACGUCGUUUCCUUGGACAAGCUUAAGACGUCGACGCCGCACGAAAACGGUUACGGAUAUGACUAUCCGGACCCGACAACAUUAUAUCGCCCGGACCAUUUACCGGUAUUCGGGCCCAAGGUGAUGUUCGAUGCAGGAGACGACAGCGGGCUGCUGGCCUCCCCGACCCGGGAUGCGUUCAGUGAUAUAUCAGGCCACAGCAAAACAGACGACGGAGCUGAUGGCACAUCCGGGACGACAAAUAGCGAAAAAAUAUUUUCGGACUCGGCCUUCUACGACGACUCUACGAACAGGUUUCCGACGAUUGACGAGCAGAUGUCAAUGUGUAAGAAGAUAGCACAGUCUCUGACGUCAUACGCGAAUAAGCGCGCAAGAGGCGCGCGCAUGUUCGCCAAACGCAGACGUCGCUCUGAUAAGUGGAUAAUAGAACACAGCCAGUUUGGCAGCGAGUUUUCUUCGUCGACGGGAGAUGUGGCGGACUUGAACGAACUUGACAGCGAGCUGUACUACGACGACGGUGGAAACAAGCCGUUAUUUUCAUUUCGGAUACCGAAAGUAGCGGGACUCGUUAGCGACGGUCAGAAAAUGAGCUUGUCUAAAUCCGAGUUCGAGCGUCUACGACUAGUGGCGCCCAAGGUCGACCACCACGGCGUCUCUCCGAACCAGUGCUUUAGUAUCGCCGCUGAUCUGCACAAAGGCGGAAAAAACAAGGGCGCGAAAUUAUUCGCAAAGCGACAACAGCGCGUGGAAAAGUUCGUGAUCGACGAAUCGAACGUGAUGCACUCGCCAGUGUCGCCGACCACCAAGCUGGACUUUAUUGUUAAAAAUCCACAGCAGCAGUGGAACCAGAAGAAUCCGUGGAACAUGGCCGCAGCUUCCGCCGGUUCCGUUGACGACAACAGAGCGUUCCGACCGCAGUCCGCCGUCCACAUGCCGCCGCAACCCAUUCCGCGCCACAAUCUGACGGCGACCAGCCAACCCAAUGUCAUCAGCGGCCCGAAUUUCAAUACGAAGGCCCGAGGGUGGGGUGGUUCUGGUCCCGGAGUGCAGCAGCAGUCAUACUAUAGAGAGUCAUAUGACCCAAAGACAGGAACCAAUCGACAGGAAUGGUACCAGCAUCAAUUCGAAGAGCAAUCAUUUGACCCGGAAAACAAUCCAAAACAGUUCGACCAAUUCGGUAACUAUAAUAGGAAGAUUAAAGCUUGGCCGGAAUCGGAUGAAAGAGAAUCGAAACCGGAAAUCGAGUUUGGAGACUAUAACCGUCGUAUGAAAGGAUUUGUGGAAACCGAGCCUCGUUCUGAACCGAAAGUAGAGUUUGGCGAUUAUAAUCGAAAAAUUAAAUCUUGGCAGUCCCAGCCAGUUGAAAGCAAUUCUACAAGAACUGUAAAUACAAGUUAUAGUAUUCAAACUAAUUAUAACACUGUCCCACGUGGUUUUGGUCGCCUACAGCAGCAGGAAAUCCCUUCGUGUGACUUGUGACGCAUUUAAUCUUUGAUCACGUGGUAACUUAUUUCAAACUGUUAUUUAGUGGUAAUAUAUGAUAUUAUACCCUUUUCAUGUUUGCUCACUGCCAAAAUUGGACAGACUUAAUCGGUUAUGUAUUUGUUUGUUUGUUUUCGCUUUGCAGUUUUUUCUUCGUUUCAUUAUUUAUGUGAAAAUGAUUAUUUUAUAUUAUAAGUAAAUUCGCGUCUCUGAUUUCCAUUUGUUUACAUGUAAGGUAAAUAUUUUUGUCGCCAUAAGAUUUUAUAGAUUUGAUUCCUCAUGCUUUCUUCACGUGUAUUUAAUAUAAUUAAAUUAAAUACACGCCAUAUUUUGGUAUUUAUAAAUGAAUUUGUAAAUGAUUGACGCAAGUAAUUGCACAAUAAUUGCACAUUUCUUUUAUAAGCAAAACAUAACAAACAGAACAACUAGACCAGAACUAAGUAGAUUAUUUUUCAAUGCUAUACCAGUUUUCAAUGUAAUAUAACAACUAGGAAUACUUUUAUCUUUAAAAUUUGUUAUAUAGAUGUUGAUCGUUUACGUUUGAAAAGUUUUGUUUGGCUGAAUAAUCGCAUAACGUUAUUUUAUGAAAUGACGCUGAAAUACCAAGUGGCGUCACGCAAGUUUAACUUCAACUGCAUGAGAUAAAAAAGAUCUGACGGCCAUUGUCAUGUAAUACCAUGAUUUAUAAAACUUGUCCAGGAAAAGUAUAAGUAAGCUCGAGUAAGACUCGUUCACUAACAUUAUCCCUAAAUUCGUUAAAUAAAAUCUGGUAUAAAAUGACAACAUGUACCAGAUCCUUUAUAUCUAUUCAUCAGAAAACAAUUGGCAGUACUACAAUCGGUUUUGUUUGCUGAUUCUAGCUAGUUCUACAUUCCAACACAGAACGUUCUGAGGUCGAGUUCGCACACUCUGCGCUUAGUGGAUAAUAUCAAGGGCAAACCAGGUGUGCUUAUUUCUUAUUUAUACAGAAUUGCUACAGAUGCAACCUAUAUUUACGUUGUUAGCAAUAAACGAAUGCUAUGACAAAUAUUAUUCCAAAGUAAAGAUUGAAUUGACGCAACAAGAAUUAGUAUAUAAGAACAUAAAACGGAGAAGUUGUUGCAAUAAAUUUAAUUGUUAAGAAAACAACAACAAGAACAAAACAACAAAAGAAACAAACAUGCAACUUUCAACAUUUCUAAAAUAAUGCAAUCCUUACACAGUUAAUUAAAUAAAGAGCUAAUGGCUGCAUGCUCUCCUUGUUAGUUAGUUGCACUUAUUUUAUGUCUGAAACAUGAGGGCUUAACGAGGCUAAUUAUGCCUCUGUGUUAGAACUUAUACGUACAUGCUUUAAUAUGACUAAAUAAGAUUUCUUAAAACAUUGUGUAGAUAUAUAUUGAUAAUUCGCGAGCUUUUCUAUAAUUCAUGGUUUCCUAACCGUUUAACUGAACACAGAAUGUGUAUUAGCCCAAAUCCGAAUCAAAUUGAUAUAUGGUGUACCUAAUCCCAUUUCACAGUCAUAGAUACUUAAAAUGACGGGAUUUAAACCGUCUUGUAGCGAAUAUCAUCUCUCUGUGAAAUGAUGCUGUGUCGUUAUAUUGUAUGUGUUAUUUGAUCGUUUAAUUAUGUGUGCUAUUCUAUGUUAUAAUUGCAUUCAGAUACGACGUUAAACAAACGACGUUGGUCCAUAUUGACGUUAUACAAUGAGCAAAUACAUGCCCAAUAAUUUUUCUUGGGCAAUCUGUUAGUACUAAUUUUGCUAUAUUUACUGACGUCAUUGUUAUAAUAUCAUUUUAAGUACAUGUAUAUCCUUACCCAUGAGAGAACAUUUAUGGAUUGAUUGUGUUACGGGCUUUUCAAUAAUUUUAUGCCCGGAUUGUGGACCUUGCCAACAAAUAUCAUCAACAUCUCUAAUAGAGGGUUUAUAAAGAAGGAGCAUAUAAUAGAUCAACUUUUUUAUGAAAGUGUUAAUACACUGAGUCUUAAUAUUUGAUUGAUAUAAGUUGUAAGAAAACAUGAGCUGAGAACUUUAAAGACUUAUAAAAGGACAUGAAUGUGUACACAAGCUACAGUACAUCUAAGCCAUUGACUCUAUUUUGAUUUUGAUUGAAUGCAAGAUGUGAAAAUGACUCAGUCAGCAAUUUGUGCUUAAUAUCAUUAUCAGAAAAAAAUAAAAAAUAGUCACGUGUAAAAGUAUACUUGGUCUUGCCCCCAUUCGCUUUCGAUCUUUCGCUUAACCAAUGACAUAAAGAGGGACACGGCACGUAACCAGAAAGCGAGAAUUUCGUCUGCGCACGCAAGGUCACGUGAAAAUGUCAUAUCCGGUAGAAAUAGGGCUUUUUCGGACUCUUUGAAUUUCGUAUGUUGAUGCAUGUAUACGUACUAAAGUGAAUAAGGUAAAUGUACAUGAACAUGUAAAUAUUCGUGCGUUACUUUUUUGUUAGGUAAUAACGUUUGUACAUUUAUUUAUUUAUUUAAAAAAAUAUUCCUGCGUGUUCCACGUGGUAUUAUUUGAUGGAGUGUUAAUAGAAGUGCAAUAUAUAACAUGUAAUCAGCGGGUGUUCAGUUUUUAACACAGUUGCAUCACAUGUACACAUGUUUGAUCUACCCUAGUCGUUAUAGCGAAUAAAAUGACGAAAAUUGUAAA